GGGGGCGGGGCCGCGCACCCGCGCAGAAGCGGCGGAGGCGGGGGGGCAGAGCGAGGGACUGGAGGUGGCAGAAGCUCACAAGCGAUGCUGAUCUGACAUCCCAGCAACCUGCCUGCAGCACUCCUCCAGCAGCAGUGUGAGCUUCCUGGGGCUCUGCAGUCUAGACCUGGACUGACUACCUGCACCCCAAGAGACUGACGGGCGCUCUGCAAAAGAAGAGCGGGAGGCCGAGUCGUGGGAUCCCUGGUCUCUGCCACGUGUGGAUAAUCGGCGGGGGGGAAUAAAGCGGAAUUAAAUGGGAGAUCACUGAAGGCGGCUGCUGGCGGCGUGGGCUGCAGGGAGACGGCAGAGCUGUCUUCAGCACCUGGCCAUGGGGCUGCACAGGGCUGCCUAGGAGCCCCACCUUUCCACUCACAGCAGUCCUCUUCUGUCCUGAAGGAAGAAAUCCAGGUGAAGAAAGACCAUGCCUUUGUUUAGUAAAUCGCACAAAAAUCCCGCUGAGAUUGUGAAAGUUCUGAAAGAAAACAUGGCCAUAUUGGAAAAACAAGAAAAAAGGACAGACAAGGCAUCAGAGGAAGUGUCAAAAUCUCUGCAAGCAAUGAAGGAAAUUCUGUGUGGGACCACAGACAAAGAGCCACCUACAGAAAUUGUGGCCCAGCUGGCGCAAGAGCUAUACAACAGUGGCCUUCUAGUGACGCUUAUUGCCAACCUGCAGCUGAUAGAUUUUGAGGGCAAAAAGGAUGUUUCCCAGAUAUUUAACAACAUCUUGAGAAGACAAAUCGGCCCACGCAGCCCUACAGUGGAACACAUUAGUGCCCAUCCGCAUAUCCUAUUCAUGCUUCUAAAAGGAUAUGAAUCCCCAAAUAUUGCCUUACGUUGUGGAAUUAUGCUGAGAGAGUGUAUCCGACAUGAACCCUUGGCCAAAAUCAUACUCUUUUCAGAACAGUUCCGAGACUUUUUUAAAUAUGUGGAAAUGUCAACAUUUGAUAUUGCUUCUGAUGCCUUUGCUACAUUCAAGGACCUCUUAACACGACACAAAUCGUUGGUGGCAGAAUUUCUGGAGCAAAAUUACGAUCCAAUCUUUGAGGAUUACGAAAAACUCCUUAACUCUGAGAAUUACGUGACAAAGAGACAAUCUUUGAAGCUGCUGGGUGAGCUGAUUCUGGACCGACACAACUUUGCCAUCAUGACAAAGUACAUUAGCAAACCAGAAAAUCUGAAGCUGAUGAUGAACUUGCUGCGAGAUAAAAGCCCCAACAUUCAGUUUGAAGCAUUCCAUGUGUUCAAGGUUUUUGUGGCCAGUCCAAACAAAACACAGCCUAUUGUGGAGAUCCUGUUGAAAAACCAACCCAAGCUAAUUGAGUUUCUGAGCAAUUUCCAGAAAGAGAGGACUGACGAUGAACAAUUCACUGAUGAGAAGAACUACCUGAUUAAGCAAAUCCGAGACUUGAAAAAGCCGACGGCAUGAAGAACUCCUCUUGUUUUCCACUGUAGACAUUAAACUGAGUUGUUAACUUCCUCUGUGUCCCUUAAACACCACAAUAGUGCUUGAGAAGGCACAGCAAGUGCCUGGUUUUUAUUUUGUCUUUGUUCCUAGAUGUCAAGAAUAUAGGGGUUUUACAUGAGAACUAAAAAACCAAAAAUCUAGAAUAAUAUAUUAUUUUUAAUCAAGAGUAUAAUUAUUUAUGACAGUUUAGAAUCUCUCUCUAAUAGAAGCUGGUGUGACAGAUUUUCAUUUGUGCUCAAGAAGAAUGAACCUCUUUGCUUAACUUUAUCAGCAAACCCAAGCUGCUGGCAAGUGCACAGAGCAGGUCUUCUGAGGACUGCAAUGUUGUUCCUUCACACCUGUCAUUGUGACUUGCUUCUAGCGCUGCACACACACACACAAGACUGUGAAAGAGUACCUUCGUCUCUGGAGUUAGCUGCACUUAUAGGUCAAGUCCUUUAGUCAGAAUAGCGGGAGAUGAAAAAGCAGUAAAGGUCACGUUUUUGCUUUGUUUUGUAUUCUUUUAAGUUUUGUUUUUCCGUAGAUCAGAGGUUUCCUAUUCAGUACUAUGGAACAGAUGGAUACAUCAGCCAGUUGAGCUGUUUCUGCCUGGCUCCCAUUUCCCUGUAUGUGAUCUAUGUUUUUUUAGAGCACAGGCCAAUCCCAUCAGCUCCCAAGCAGUCUGAUGAGGAGCAGCCCCAGGUACACGGUGCCCAUGUACCCCACAGUGGGAAGAAGGCAAGAGCAACCCCCCUCCAUCAAGGCUGUGCUCUAUUGCCAAUAAAGAUCCUGCAUCUACAGAAACCAGCAAUAGCAGAGAAUAUGGGGUCGUGGCCAGAGCUGCUCGGCUGAAUCAUGCUAAGUGCUGAGCCCGAGCACCAGUGAGAGAGGAGGGUCCUCAGUGUCUUCCCAUCUGAAUUCCAGUCCUGUCUGUGCGAGGUAGGGUUGAGCUGAGUUCACCAAGGGGAUGCUGGAAAGGUGUCAUCCUGAACCACUGAGUGGGCUGAGGUCCCCAAGCCUGCAGGUGCUUUCAAAGCUCAGAGCAUUUACUGGAUAUCAAAAUCAAGAGUAGGAGACCAUUUAGGAGCCCCAGGCACCAAAGGCUACUUACAGUCUGGCGUUUUCUGUCCUUGCUCAUCCUGAUGUGAACUCAAGUUCUGCAUUAAAGUUGUAGAAUGGGAAAUUGUUGCACUGCUAAUGUUUUAAGUUUAAUAAGCUCCGUGGUACAGACAGUGUUUCCCUGGUGUGUUGGAAGAGUUUUUGGGGUCUUUUGUUUUCUAGCAGGAAAAUGUUACUUUGAGGCUUUAUUAGGAAGUGGAGUUUGAGAGCAGGGAGUGGAAAUUUCUUGAAUUUUUCUGGACAGCCUAAGUUCUGAGUUUUCCUAUUUGCUGUAAGACAGUUCUUUAGCUAAAACUCUAGCUAAUGCUUCAGAUAAAAGGUGACACUGAAUUGUAAAAACAGAACGAUCCCUUUUCUUUCAUUAAACUGUGGUAUAUUGGGGUGACUGAUACUUUAAUUUUUGUGCUUUAGAAAAGGGAAGAAAUGGAACAGAUUGUGGACUCUUUUUUUUUUUUUUUCAGAUGUCAGAUACACACAACAAAUAUACAUCUUAGUUGCCUGGAAUUAAAAAAAAAAUUACAAGCUAUUAAAGGCAUGAUUACUGA